GGUCGGCGGGCGGCGGCGCGCGGGCGGCGUUCGGGGCGCGGCGCCGGCGACGGCCAGUCGUCGGCGGGACGGCAGCGCGUGGAGGGGUGAGGUGCGGUGCUGCCGACCGACGAUCGACUCGACUGACGCCACUGCAGGACACACCGCGCGCCUCACGAUGGCCGCCGUCUCCGAGUUCUACCGCGACAAGGCGGUGCUGAUCACGGGCGCCACCGGCUUCAUGGGCAAGGUGCUGGUGGAGAAGCUGCUGCGCUCCUGUCCGCAGGUGGCCACCCUGUACGUGCUGCUGCGGCCCAAGGGACAGCACAGCGUGGCCGAGAGGCGCCAACAGCUCCUCAGCGCGCAGAUUUUCGACAGUCUGCGUCGGUCGUCCCCCAGCCAGCUGGAGAAGCUGGUGGCCGUGCCGGGUGACAUCAUGCAGCCAGGACUGGGACUCAACUCAGUCGACCGGGCGCGCCUCGAGCAGGAGGUGAGCAUCGUCUUCCACUCGGCGGCAACAGUCAAGUUCGACGAGGCGCUCAAGGUGUCCGUCUACAUGAACGUCAAAGGCACGCAGUCCCUGCUGCACCUGGCCAAGAAAAUGCCCAAACUCGAGGCGUUCAUCCACGUAUCGACGGCGUACGCCAACUGUGAUCGGGAGGUGAUUGACGAGAUGGUGUACCCGAGCCCCGCUGACCCGCGAAAGGUCAUGGACACCGUGGAGUGGCUUGAUGAGGACGUCAUCGCCGACAUGACGCCAAGACUGCUCGGAAACCGACCCAACACGUACACGUUCACCAAGGCGCUGGCCGAGUCGCUGAUUGUCAGCGAGAAGGGUAGCCUGCCCGUCACCAUCGUCCGGCCCUCCAUCGUCACCUGCGCCUGGAAGGAGCCUCUUCCGGGUUGGAUCGACAACUUCAACGGACCGACGGGUCUGAUCGCCGGCUCCGGGAAGGGUCUGAUGCGCACACUGCUCUGUGACGAGAACCUGGUGGCCGACAUCGUACCCGUGGACGUGCCCAUCAACCUGAUGAUCACGGCCGCCUGGCACACCGCCGUCCACCGGCCACAGGAGAUGCUGGUGUACAACUGCGCGUCCGGCUCCAUCCGUCCCAUCUACUGGCGUCAGGUGUUGAAAUAUGGCCACAACGAGCUGCGCCGCAGUCCGCUGAGCGACGUCUUCUGGUACCCGGGCGGCAGCUUCACCAAGUCGCCGAUGCUGCACAACUUCUGGGUGGCCGUCUGCCACUUCCUGCCGGCCUACGCCAUCGACGCCGUCAUAAUGCUCAUGGGCAAAAAACCAAUGAUGGUCCGCAUCCACAGCAAGAUGCUGCGCGCGAUGCGGUGUCUCACCUACUUCACCACGCACCAGUGGACCUUCAAGUCCAACAACUGCCUGGCGCUGCUGGACCAGAUGUCCCUGGAGGACCGCAAGGAGUUCCACUUCGAGCUGAAGGACAUGGACUGGGAGAGCUACAUAUCGACCUACUGCCUGGGCGUGCGCCGGUUCAUCCUCAAGGAGGAGGACAAGGCCGACAGGGCCCGCCGCCGUCUCAACAUGAUGUACUACCUGCACCACUCGCUGCGGCUGCUGCUGUUCCUGCUGGCCUGGCGGGUGCUGGUGAGCCGCUCGGGCUCCGUGCGCGCCCUCUGCACCUCCCUGCUCAACCUGGCGCUGCAGCUGCUGCGGCUCCGACCGCGGAUCGCCAGCUAACUGGCCCGCGCCGCCGCGCCGCAUCUAGUCGCAUGAAAUGGACCUUUUCUCAUUGGCACGCUGCCGCCGCCGCCCACGGGUACGCGAAAUGUCAAUCCAGCGCCGCCACGUGCGGCCGCGUGACCGCAAUCUGCCACGUGUGAGCGGUGGCGCACGGGACCCGUGGCUCGUGGGUGAAUCCGUGUGGACCGGUGGACCAGUGCUACCAGCCCGUCACGUGUGACCUGUGGUAGCCCGUGGCGCCACGAGAACCAGCCACCACCGCCAGUGGUGCCGCGUUGUGAGCGAACUGCGAGUGCGUGCCGCCUCCACGGGACUGCAGCAAAAGCAGAGGGUGGCGUGGCCCGGCAGAGGAGCCGCUCGUGUGGUCAGACGGCUCUGUUGGGAAUGUGCGAUUGUGCUGCUGCCUGCCGGUGGGACAGGGCGCCGGCAGGGCCCACACCGGGAGAGAGUGAGAGAGUGAUCCCGCAGUCAGUGAGACGAGUGGUGUGUGGGACCGGCCGUCGGCGCCGGAGGUGGGAAUGACGUGUGAUUUCGGUCCGAGGUUCGCAGCUGAUUCGGACGCCGAAUGUGUGAAGUGAAUUGGUCCGAGUCCUGCCGGCUGAUAACGCUGUACCGGUGGCACCUGUUGCUCAGAUCAGAGGAGAGAAGGGUUAGUGCGGAGGGCACGUCCGACCUGCCGUGGGAGCGCAAAUGUAUUGGAGUGUCGGUGCGACCUGCAACCGGCGCGACCCGACCGUGCAACAUAUUCCAUCGACUUUAUUUUUUCGUUGUAUCCCGGGAUGCAGUGUCUGGAGGUUACGUUACUGGGGAAUUUUAUAAAUAUAAGUUACGCCUCACGCGGCCUGGCCGUCUCGAUUUCGGCGCCGCCGAGCGGUCGGCCAGGCCGGCGUUAUACCCGGUUCGACCUCUUCCAUUGUCGAGUUAUGCACCAGUGACUUACUUAGUUUUAAGCUCGCCUGUCGGUGGGCGGCGCUGCCGGGUCGCCGGCCGCUCCGGGCUCUUGGGGCCAGGCCGCGGCCCGCCGCCGCCCAUCCAUACAUCUACUGCUAGACGCUUGGGCUCCUUUUGACCAAUUUGUUGUUGUUUUGAUCAGAAUAUUGUACGAUAAAUACGAGAUCUAUGA